UUUAGGGCUUCAUCAGUAAAUAGGUUUCCAGUUGUUCACUUCACGUCAGUGAAAAAUGAACUUGACAGGACUCCCACUUACCCUGGUUUUGCUGUUAUCACCAUCUACCAAUCCACAAGAAACACAAUUUUUAGACGAUAUUUGUGGUCACAUAAAUGGACAAAGAAUUUAUUUAGAUCAUGGAGAAGCAGGAACUUUGGAAGCUAAAUUCCAUAGCAACAUAAUUGACAGAUUCGUAAAAAGUAAACUUAGCCAAAAACGAUGCACUGUCGAAUUCAUUUCAUGUCCUUCGUGUAUAGUAAACAUCAAAUUCAGGUUUUUGAACCUGUCAAGAAACUGCGACCGUUCUACAGUUUUUGAUGCUUGCGGUUGCGACUACGUGUGGAUUUACGAACCAACAUUCGAACAAUCUUCUGAACAGUUCUGUGGGCGUUUUGUAUCCAGCAAUGUAUCAGUUCUAGAAUACAAAAGCCAGACUCGAAAAGCCGUUGUUGAGUUUUUGUACAACAGGGAUUACCAACAUGCUUUUACUUUAGACUAUUUUUCCGAACGUAACAAAAUCCUUUUGACUGGAUUUCCGAAAUUUGGCAACUUGAACAGUACCAGCCAGGCCAUCAACACUCCCUUCUUCCCCAAUUUAUACCCAGCAGAUUUAACAAUGGAACACAUGAUUACCUGCGAAUCAACCAACGAAACGUGUCGAAUCAGUCUAGUUUUUACCGAUUUUUUAAUAGCGGCUUCUUCAAUCAUAGACUUUUUCGACUGGAAUGGAGAACGAAUUUAUGUAACAACCGGAAGCAUAUUUCGACCUCCUGUAAUUGUUACUUCCGGUCCUGCGUUAACGAUAAGAUUCUACGCCAACGGGGCCACUAAUUUGGGUUUCAGGGCGUACUACUCCUUCAUACUUGGAAAUGGGACAGGAGGAGAACUGACCCCCGAUAUUGAUUGUGGUGGUCAGGUGGGCAAUUUAGGAGGAGCGAUAACCAUGAUGGACAUGGUACACGAAGGUCUAAAAUCUUUUGACUGUAUUUGGCUGAUCAAACCACCGGAAACUUAUCUGCAUAUGAAGACUCAUUUGUAUGUGAAAGUGUUUAGCUUCUCCGGAUUCGCUGGAAGUGCUGAAUUGGUCAUCCGUCAAGGUUUAACAUCGUACGGACCGAUAGUUGAAAACUUAAAACUUUCCUUGGUUCGCUUUUAUCCUUCCACAGUACGAGAACACAUAGUACCCAUUUCGCAAGGGUUCUAUGUAAGAUUGAAAGGAUUUUUUCGCCCCGAAUCUCGACUAGCGAUAGUUUAUGCAGCUUUCAAUUACAAACAGUGUUUAGCAGGGUCGGACUUCCUCUGUCACAACCAAAGAUGCAUUUCUACUCUCCUUAAUUGUGAUGGGUUUGAUCACUGUGGUGACAACAGCGACGAAUUUACCACCAGCUGUUCAAACGACCCACGUGAUCGAAGACAAUGGUCAAAGACACCUCAUUUCCUCUUCCCGAAAAUAGAAGCUUUCUCAGAACUGGCAACAUCAACAGUGGUUUUCUUAUUGUGUAGUUUCGGUUUCAUCGGCUUCAUUUUCGCGAUGAUUGUUUUGUUGUACAGGGUCAACAUUAAAACGCGCCAACAACGCCAAAUUCAAGACCACAUUGAGACAAUUAACGCCAUUUUGGAAGAAAAUGUGGGUAUAGUGGAAGAAGAGAUCAUAAUUCCUGACGAUCCUCCAGAUUAUGAAGCACCGCCUGAUUAUGAAGACGUUAUGAAAAGAUUAUCCAAAAGGAACUCGAAAAGGUUUGAAAGAGAAACUAGAAAAUUUGAAGUUCAAGGUACUAGUGGGAGUUGUCAGACCACUCCAGUCGGUAUACCGGACUCACCUCCUCCUGCGUAUGACGCAAACAAGCGAGAUUACAAGAUUUUUACAAGCUUUCACGGAAUGUCUUUUCGAAAUUCGAAUUUUUUGUGUGAUAAUCUGCUGUCGACCGCUGGUCGCCUAAUGUAUAGACGCAAUAAGGCGAAAUUCUUUUCAGAUUCUGAACUGAGUCGAGUGUCCAGUUGCAAAGAUACAAAAAUGGUUCAUUACAGAAAAAGUCUUACCACCGAAGAUGUAAAUUUAUUUAUAUAAGUAUUUUUGACGUAAUUUUUGAAAACCGCUUUUACUACGUCAAACUAUUCUAAGUUACCAACUGUAACAUAAUUACUAAUUAUUAUUGAAUAAAGAAUCAUA